AUGGAACUCAACCGAGAACAUUUUCGCGCCAUAAUUUAUUACAACUUUCAGCAACAAGAAUGCCUUGCUGAGUUACUGUCUGUUUUCGGCAACGAAGCGCCACAUCAUCUUAGCGACGAUCCCAGGGUGGUCGAUGCUGUGCGCAAACUCAUCAUUGAAGAUAGCCAUGUGACAUAUGGCGAGGUUGAGGCGUCCUUGAAGAUCUCAAAGACCUCAAUUCAAUUCCGGAAACUCAAAAAAUGUUCGGCUGAUUGGCCAACAAAAGUCAUCCGUUCUCGAAGUGUUUCGAAAAAGAUGGUCGCGACAUUUGUGUCAAAAGCGGGUCAUAUUGCAACAAUUCCUCUUAAUGAGCAAAGAACUGUUACUGCGGAUUGGUAUACCACCAUUUGUUUGCCAAAAGUCAUCACCGAGCUUCGAAAAAUCAACCCCGAAAGAAGAACCAUCCUCCACCAAGACAAUGCAAGCUCGCACACAGCCCAAAAAACAAGGCAGUAUUUAACGGCAGAAAACGUGAAAUUAUUGGACCAUCCUCCGUAUAGUCCCGAUCUAAGUCCUAACGAUUUCUUUACUUUCCCGAAAAUUAAAAACAGACUGCGUGGUCAAAGGUUCCAGUCACCAGAAAAAGCAGUUGACGCAUUCAAAAAUGCCGUUUUGGAUCUGAGAGCAAACGAGUGGAAUAAUUAG